GCCCGAGCGCUGCCGUGCGUUGCCAUGUAUAUAACUAUUUUACUACGAAGGGUACGGAUUUCGUCGCAACCCCUGCGUAAUAGUUCGACUGCGAUUUAAUUGCUCGUAGCAGUCGGAGCGCACGUAUACCGUGUAUGCCGUAGUCGCUGUCGCCGCCGCCACCACCAUCACCGUCGUCAGCGAUCGUCGGGAAGCCGGCCCGAUCUCGGUAAGCGCUGCCUUGCCGCGCACAGGGUGUUCCAUUGGCACAUUGGCAAAAAUUGAAAACAGAAAUAGCCUCAAUGAUCAGUAAAGAUUUAAACGUCAAAUUUGCACUAAACCGUAUAAAAUAACAAUUUGAGAGGAAUGAUGGAUAAAAUGAUCUUUGCUCCAAACAAAGCUUAGAAAGAAAACAAGAUCUGUAAACACGUCACUUUAUAUCAUUGGUUUCUGAACGAUAUAUGAGAAUGGAUGACCUGUUGAAGGAGUUAGGUGCAUUGAGGAUCAGUGGCAAUUUUGGUGAUCAGAACUCAUGGAGGCCAUGUAUAAAUUUGAUUCAGAAGAGUUUUGUACCACAGAAGACGGUUGGCGAGACUCGUCCCUGCGAGGAGAAGGACUUUAGGGAGUACAGGCUGGUUGUAGAAAGGAAUUUGAAUAAUGUACGGUUUAUGUUGCAACAUAUCCUGAAUAGUUGCAGAGAGAGCCACUUAUCAUUGAAUAACGAUAGCAUGGCAAUAGCAAAGACAUUCAGCAUGAAUCUACUGUUGCUUAUUGGUGAACACAGUGAGAAAAGCAUCUGGAACACAGCAGAGUGUGUCAACAUUUCCAAAGAGUUAAUUGCCAACUUUUGCGAACUAUGGGCCUGCCAAAGUGUUUCCACAUUCUUCUCAGAGCAUGAAAAUUUUAAUAAGUUAUUAUUAUUAUUAAGACCUAAAUUAUUGAAAGAUACUUGGAAGACUUAUCCAGCAGCUGUCACAUGUUACAGAUGGAUGUUGCACGAAGUGGAAAAACCCAUGUUGUUUAAUCAUAUUAUGGAAGUGCUACCUACCACACUGAUCCUCGUAGAUGACCAUGUACCCGAAAACGUAUUAAUAGGCUUGCAAUGUGUACAUCUCAUUAUACAACACUCCCAUAUGAAAAAGGGACUGAUAGAUAGCGGCUGUGCUCAAGUGAUUUAUCAUGCCUUAAAACACUUGACUUAUCAGAAAGAAGUGAAAUACAUCAUUCCCUUGUACACCUGCUUAGCCAAUCUUCUACCAACUAUCGAAUAUUGGGACGACAAAUCAGAUGCGUUUGAGUGGACAGCGCGCGACGAAAUUCUCUCUAAUUUGAUAGACAACAUGGCAUUCGAGCAGAAUAUCGAACUGCGACAUGCAUACAUGUCCAGUUUACCUCAAUUACUCACCAACAUAGGCUGCGGCAAAUGGUGCGAAGCGCUCGCUCGCAUACUCGUCGAAUAUUGCGAACAUCACACUGAUUUAAGAACGUUGAAGGCAACAUUGGAGACCGCCAAGGCUUUCCUUCUGAUGUUUCAUCUACGAGUAGCAGCACAUUGUGUCAGUCUCUAUACCGCAUUUCUGAAGCUGCAUUUUGACUUAACGGAAACGCCGGUGUUCGAUCGGGAAAUCAUGCAGAAUCUGGAGGAUUGUAUCUGUUUGUUGUACGAUCGAUCGCGAAACGUAGGGCGUGCAGUCUUAAAUGACGAUCGAAUACGUCCAAUAUUCAGCAGCGCCAUGCCACUCGGAUGCCGAGGCGAUAUCACAUAUUUCGAAUAAUUUAUGAGAUCAUAUGCCAGCGUGCAUCGGAAUUGUAUAUAUAAUAUAUUCUAAUAUAUAUGCGAAUGUUUACACACACACACACACACACACACACACAACAUAUAUACAUACAAGUAUUAUUCUUGUGUAAACCCUUAAAUGCAUAGAGAAGUGAAAUGCAAUAUAGUAUUUAGAUAUUUUACUUGUAAUGUAAGAUCCUCUCAAUAUACACAGUCGUCUGUAUUUGUAAACGUUUUU